CAGCCCUUUCCCUUUUCUUAUCCCCUUUCCAUCGUCUUCCUCGUGCGAGACCCCAGCCUCCUCCGACGCUCAUGACAGCGACUCCCCUGCCUCCGACUGUGAGAAACAACGGUGGAGGAGGAGGUGAGCUCGAAGGGCAACUGGAUAGCUGGAGUGGUCCAGAUCACCGGCGAGAUCCAGAUCCAAUCAAAGGAGCAACCAAACGAAAAAAGACAGAGAUAGAUGUUGGGCAGCAGCUCAACAAAAGGACAAUAACAGCAAUUGCAACACAACUAUUAUUUCUGCAAAGUCGAGAGUCACUUGUUGGAUUAAGCUAGGAGCUCCUCCUCUUUCCUUUGAGGUUUUAUUUUUCAUUUUGCUUGCAUUUGCGGUUCUCUCAUAUUCAGGGCUUUUUGUUUCCUUGCGGCAGAGUGUCAAGAUCGGAUAUUCAGAUCUGAAGCUGUCACAAAGAAGGACGACAGAAGGAGACCCGCUUCGCUAGAUUUGAACAAUGUCGUCCCUGCUUCCUCGCCGCGGUUAGAUGCCGUCGUGGUAUGUCGGAGGUUGGGUCUCGCACGAGGAAGAAAGGAGAUAGGGAAAGGGAAAGGGUUGUGGUGGUCCUCGUGUCUCCCCUUUCUUUUUUGUUUUUGUUUUUUUAAUUUAGUAAUGACGUGGACAAGCUGAGUCAGUGACGGAGAAAAUGGUUGACUGCCGUCUCAUAGGCUAAAUUUGUUCAAUAAUUUCAAAAGUAGGCCAUAAAUGUCUUAUUUGAAAAAUGGAGCCAGAACUGUCACUAACGAUAAACUUCGAGCCAAAC